ACAUUAAUAUUGUUUUUUAUUUAGAUACAAGUUUUCUCAGAAAGCUCAGGGCAAAAUAAACUAAACACUAUGGAAGAUAAAAAGUAAAAAAAAUGACUCGCAACUUUCGGAGUCUGCUAAUGCUGUUAAUGGGACUUUUAAUUGGAGUUAUUUUCACACAACUUAUUUUGUAUCAUUCAAAUAAACAAUGUACAGAAAAGCAAAACAUACAAAAUUUGCAAGGCAGUGAAUUGAACAGUUAUGCAGAAAAAGGUUUAAGAAAAAAAAAGUUUAUUUUUAUAGGAGUUAUGACUGCUGAAAAAUACCUUGAUAGUCGAGCAAAAGCUGUCUAUGAAACUUGGGGAUCAGAUUUAAAAGGUUAUGGAAAGCUCAUGUUUUUUGCAAGCAGCCAGACAAAGCGUACUGAUUUACCUGUAGUUUCUUUAGAUGGUGUUGAUGAUUCUUAUCCACCACAAAGGAAAUCAAUGAUGAUGUUAAAAUAUAUGCAUGACAAUUACAUUGAUGAGUAUGAAUGGUUUGUUCGUGGAGAUGACGAUGUUUACAUACGUAUCGACAAGCUGCAAAGUUUUUUGCGUACUCUUAAUAGCAGCGAUGACCUUUAUAUUGGCCAAGCAGGAACCGGAACUAAAAUAGAAAAAGAAACUUUAGGUUUAGGAGCUGGAAAUAACUAUUGUAUGGGGGGUCCUAGUGUUGUUGUGAGUGCUAGUGCUCUGUCAAAAGUUACUCCACAUUUUGAAUUCUGCUUAAGUCAUUUAGUAACAACACAUGAAGAUGUGGAAGUAGGAAGAUGCAUUAAAAAUUUUGUUGGAGUUUCAUGUACCUGGGCAUUUGAGAUGCAAUCUUUGUUCUACCAUAAUCGAUCUGGUGAACUUGCAUUUACUCAGAACUUAGAUACAAAAGCUGUUCGGGAUGCUGUAACUCUUCAUCCUAUCAAGCAAUCCCCAUAUAUGCAUAGACUGCAUUUGCAUUUUAUGGAGUUAAAAAUACGUGAACGUACAUAUGAUACCAUUCAACUUCAAAGACGGCUUGUUUCUCUUGACACGAUUCUUGAAAAAGGGCUAGAAAAGCUAGAAGAAGAAGAAGUUAUUUCCUUAAGUGAUGUGAAAAAUUUCCACAAUCAAAUGAUGAACAAUGAGACUCCUGUGUGGGAAAUGUUUACACCUAGAAAGGUUUAUUCUUACGAAACAAACUCUCCUGAAAUUGGUAUGAUCAGUCCUUUGAAAGAUGGAAUGAAUAUUGUUCUGGGUCAAACCAUGGCAAUUAUUAAUAAAGAGGCUCGCAAAGUAUUGCAUAGAACAUUAGAGUUUAAAAGACUAAACCAUGGCUAUCGUCGUUACCAUCCAAAGUAUGGUGUCCAGUACAUGUUAGAUCUUCUUAUGAAAUAUCAUCGUCAUAUUGGGCGAAAUCGAAGAAGAAUGACAGUUCAUGUUCGCCAUCAUGCAUAUUUACAACAGCCCUUUGGAAAUACAAUCUAUUCUAUAGAACCCAGUGAAAAAAAUAAAAAUGAUGCUGUCAAUUUUAUUUUACCCCUAUCUGGUCGUUUUUCUACAUUUGUUUAUUUUAUGAAAAUAUUUGAAAAUGUUUGUUUAAAAAAAAAUAUUGAAAGUACGCUAACCAUUGUUUAUUUUAACAGUGGAACGCCUUCCACAAAACACGUAACUUUGAUUUCUGAUUUGAAAAAAAAAUAUCCGCUUUAUAGCUUUCGCUGGCUCGAAAUGGAAGGCGUAUUUUCAAGAGGCUUAGCAUUAACCAUGGGUGCUGCUCAACUUGAAAAAAACUCAUUGCUAUUUUUUUGUGAUGUGGAUCUUGAGUUUAAUGAAGACUUUAUAAGGCGCUGUAGAAUGAAUUCUAUAAUAGGAAAACAAGUCUAUUAUCCAAUAGUUUUCAGCCAGUUUUCUCCAAAUAUUACAUAUGGAAAUGAACAAAAACCAAAUAGCUCAUUUUCGUAUUCAGUAGAUGAAGGUUUUUGGAGAAAGUUUGGAUUUGGUAUUACUUGCCAGUAUAGGUCAGACUUUGAUCUGAUUGGAGGCCUGGAUACUACUAUUCAAGGAUGGGGAAUGGAAGAUGUGGAUUUAUAUGACAGAUAUGUGCUCAGCGAACAACAUACUGUUUUUCGAGCUGUUGAUCCUGGUUUAGUUCACAUAUACCAUGAUAUCAUUUGUGAUAAUAAUCUUUCAGAAAAGCAGUUAACUAUGUGCUACAAAUCAAAGGCGACAGCAUAUGGUUCUGAAGCAAAACUUUUUAAAAUUAUAUCUGAAAAAGGAUACUUGAAGAGUUAAGUACCCAAAUUGUGUAGUUUGUGUUUGUAUUGCUGCUUAUUGCAGUUGGUUCUGCGGUGUUUAUUGCAGUUGGUUCAGUGGUGUUUGAUAACUGAUGCAGUGGUGCUGGUUUGUGUCAACAGUAAAAAAGGGUUUAUAAUCAAUGAGGAUAAGAUCCAAAAAUCAAA